AUGUCAGACUGGCUCGUGUCGCCGUCCAACUACAUGCUCAACUGGAUGCGUCGCAACGGGUGGAUUCUCCCACGCAACAGCUACGUGCACCAGAACCUGCUACCACCCGCACAAGUCGACUCUAACAAUAUUGACCGCGAGAUGACACGUUCAUUUGACGAGAUUAUCUUUUUCGGACGACUCGAGUCGAGAAAAGGGCUGGAUGUGUUUAUCAAGGCUGUUGAGCGUCUAGUCGACCGUUUGCGACAAGAGUCGGUCGUCAUCACAUUCCUCGGCGCCAACACCAAGUUGACCGAGAUCAACAUGAUGGCAGACCACUAUAUCGCCAACAAGUGUAACCGACUUGAAAUCAAGUGUCACAUACUCAUUGGCAAGUCUCACACCGAGGCCAUCCAAUACCUCACCUUUGAUCGUGAGAAAAAGCUGGUUGUCAUCCCAUCGCCCAUCGACAACUCGCCCAACACGGUACUCGAGUGUCUCACCCAUCGCCUGGCAUUCAUCGCGUCGCAGGUUGGCGGUAUCCCCGAGCUCAUCCAUCCCGAAGACCGCGACCGCUCACUAUUCAUCCCCAAGCCAGCAUCACUCGUCAAGAAGCUGUCUGCCUGUCUUGAUCAAGGUGUCAAACCGGCGAGAAUGGCAAUCGACGAAUGGACACGUCAAAGAAUAUGGAGUAAUUGGCAUUCAGUCGUACAUAUCAAUGGUGCACAGUCGCAGCAAGACGACACCAAAAACGGAAAAAUAACUCUGAAAAAGAUAUCGAUUGUACUAGUGUACGAUGAAACCAAUCAAGUCGAAUUUAUAAAAGCAUUGCAAUCACUCGACGACCAAAUGUACGCCGACGAGUCACUGGAGCAUCUUCGUAUAGAGUUGGUCAUUGCCAUAUCAACAUUUUCAACGCAGGCAAAGAAACCACGCGCUCAACAACAACAAUAUUUGGCCGAGUUUACGAGUACCCUCCAAAUGGCGUCACUCCAACAACCCAAGGUGGCCACCGUAUCCGAGUUUCUCGUCGACCAAUGGUUCCAACCGUGGAACAGCAAGAGUAUCCACGAAACUGUUACCGGCGACUUUGUUCUAUUCAUUGACAAGUAUGAUUGGCCCAGUCUCAGUACUCUGCGCACACUCAUUCAAGUGGAAGAGUUUACCAAUGCCGAUUUAAUUUCAUCGUCGCUUCAAUACGACAACAUUAGCAAGGUUUCAAGUAUCACUGGUGUAUAUAUGGGAUGUUUGGGAAUGAAUGGUAUAUUGUACAAUUGCUACGGUGCCAACAAUGUAUUUAUGAAGCGUUCGGUCCUCGACGCUGUCGGACGUCGUUACGAAAACAAAGAUGUCGAGGAUGAACUAGACUAUGGAGGUGCAUGGGAACUGUACGCAGAAACUACAAACAAAGGAUACAAUUUAGAAACCAUCCCAAACAACCUAUUCUUUACAAACAAAUUUGAAGUUGAUGGAUCAAGUACUUAUAAUCAAGAAUUAAGAGUUAUGAAAUAUUUUGAAGCAAUAUUACCACCUACAAUGGGAUUGGCACCUUUGGCAACAAGACAUUUCUUAAUUUCCAAAAAUGUAUAUUUAAAUGAAAUUAUAAAUGUUCAACAACGAUCCAAACAAUUGCAACAACAAUGUGACAAGGGUAAAGGAGGUAUAAAAGAGAUAUCAAGCGACAUUAUUUCAUUGGAGGAUAUGGAGAGUACAACACCCAACCCCAUGAUGGAAAGCAGAGACCAUAUUGGUUUGCUCUUUGUCAGAGGUCAUGAAAAGAGUGGAACAUCAUGGCUCAAAAAGGUACUCAACUUGCAUCCACGAAUAUUGUUGGCACAACAAGAAUUCCAUUUCCAUCUACUCGAAGAUGCUCUUGACAAAUUCACCGAUUCUCACUGGGCUGCUGCUCGUGAGCCAUACAUAUCUUUGACGAGAAAGUGGUAUCGUUCGUUUGUCAGAAACCUAGUAUUGUCGGGCGUGUCACCCGCCACGGCGCCACUGAUCAGCUGGGUUGGUGAAAAGACCCCUUCACCACUAUCACCACUCAUUUCAGGCGCUCGUUACAUUGUCAUCAUGCGUGAUGGUCGUGAUGUCCUCGUAUCACUAUUUUGGCAUUACGUGAGACUAGGUGGCUUUGAAAAUUGGUGUGGUGGUCAGUCCAAGUACCUGGUCGACCCCGUCUAUGUCAAUGGCUACAAAUCCGACCCACUCUACUUUAAAAAGCACCCCGGCCAACUACUCGACAAGGAAGUCUGCUUUAGACACGUUGCCAAGUCAUGGGCAACACGUGCUCGAGAGGAUUUCCAAUUAGUCGAGAGUCUUGGUGAGAUGAAGAAUCCACCCACCAAGGUGCAUAUCGUCCGUUACGAAGAGCUACAUCGUUUCCCAGAAGAAACACGUGCUGAAAUGUACCGGUUCCUUAACCUCGACCCCGACGAAGCCGAGCCCCUCUCCACCGACGACAAGACCAGUCCAGGUGGAUUCCAAGAGGAAGGCGAUAGCAAGAACAAGUUCUUUAGAAAGGGUGAGAUUGGAGACUGGCAAAAUUACUUUACAAAGAACCAAAAACAAUGGUUCAAAGAAGAGGCAGGAAGUAUUUUAGUUCAACUUGGUUAUGAAUUGGAUAAUAACUGGUAA